CCUGACGAACGCGUUCGAAUAUUGGUGAAAGGAAGAAGGCCUCCGUCGCGGAGUUCUUCACUAAAGAAUCACCAACUGAACAGCUACAGACUAGUGGACAGGGAAGAAAAACGCUCAUAUGCAUCUUGUUUACAAAAACUAAAUAUCCAUCUUCUGCUUGAACGCGUCUUCCUAAACUUUCCUGGAUAUUCGUUGACUCUUGCUCAAAUCCGAGCAAAUGCUACAAAGCGACUACAAAAAUUCCGGAAUAGAUCCCACCUGUCAGGAGACGCAACGCGGAUUUACGAGAAAACAUACUACUCGCAUGCCCUCCCAUCAGUAGUAUCACCGCUAUACUGUUGCCUGGAAACAUCACAAACGGGAGAUUCAGCUGGGUUCCAGAUAUCUGGGGUUGAAUCCAGACAGACAAACCAGGAACACGUAUCACGUUUAAUUAGAGCUCCUCACUCUCAACACACUUCUGAUGGAUCAUUUUGUCAGGCGAAAUUCCACACGUAUCACGUUUUACCGCUCACAGUCAGGUACUGCUACGGCCGAGAAGUCCAUCCCACGCGAGAUUGGCCGAGAAUUCGGGAUGCUUGCCGCUUCCGCGUCAAGCGGAGUUCUGAUUGGUCGAACGUCUGGACCCAGCAUCCAAUCAUGACCCAGUAUUGGCUGAAUACCGGUUGCCAAUGGCGCAUCCAGAAGGCGUCAGAAUUUCCAGGACGUUAUUGCCGCUUACGCUCUAUGUAUAUGAAGUGCUUUACAAGUGUUGCUGACUUCGUUUUGGGGGUUAAUGUACCUUAUGCACCUUUGAGGCGAGCGUGUUACGAUUACUAUACCAGUGAAAGGAGGAAGGCCUUCACUGUGGAGUUGUUUAUUGGAGAAACACCAACUGAACAAGGGAGCAAAACUCUCAUAUGCAUCUUGUUUACAAAACAGAAUAUCCAUCAUUUCCUUGAACGCGUCUCCUGA